UGACAGCUCGCCUUUGACAUUUCCCUACUGUGGAUGCAGCAAAAAAAAAAAAAAAACUAAUAUUAUUUAAAAUCCUUUAUUAGUUACAACUUACAAUGCACUAACUCUACUUACCAAUUAAUCCAGUGCCAAAAACCUUGGGACAAUGUCGGACGAUAAGAAGCAAAUACCCCCGGGGGGAGCUGAUCCGGUGGUGAUGGACCAACUGCUCGAAAACAUCACCUCAGAGGUGCAAACCAACGAUUUCGUGCCCCUGGGGGGCUUCGGGCCGCAGUCGAACCUCAACUGGGCCCCCCAGAUGCCUUACUACAACUCACCUUAUCAAGAGCAACCCUGCAGAACCGGCUACAGCACCAUGUUUCAGUCGGUCCCUUUGUACCCCAAAGAGCACUAUGGCAGCUUUAACAUGAGGGCUCCCCCACUAUACACGUUUCCCCAACAAGAGAGUUUGCAUGCCCCUCCGCCCCACACGCAAAUAUUCGAGAAUUUAGUGGGUAAUUGGGCAGUGCCAAACAAGUCGGGUACAUACAGUCCGUUUGGGAACAGUGACACCUUUAAGCAGAGCUUGUUUGAGUUUCACAGCGAAGAGCAGCAGCCCCACGAGGACUUGAUAUUUCCUGAUAAUGAUAAGUUUAAUUUCAAUAAGGAUUUGAAGAAAUCGAGGCCCUUGGCAGAGGUGAAACCCAUGCGUCCCAGUUACUCGGACGUUUUGGCCAAAAGUGUGCCACUGAAGUCACCGAAAAGCGAACCGAAAGAGUCCAAGGUAAAGAGGGAUGCCAAAAGGAAAUCCGACAAGAAUAGUCGAGGCGGUAUCACGCUAAACCGCAGCAACACCAAUAACGAAAUUAAGGAGAUUCCCUCGGACAAGGGGCUUCCGAAAACCGAUAAAAAACAGACAGUGAAAGUGAGCCAGUUGAACAGGAAAUGGUCUUCCAUGGACAAUCUGUCGGCACAUAAAAGUGAGGAACCGAAAAAGAAGAGGGAGGAGGCGAAAAAUGUGGGAAAAAGCAAAAGUAAGGCAGCAAAAAGUGUCAGUUAUGUGGCCGGAGAGGUUUCGGUGGCCUCGGCUAAAGUGGAACCGGUUAGUUCAGGGAAGAACUUGGCGGCUAAGAAAAGUAAGGUUAGUAGACAGCGGCCGAGUGAUAAUAAUGGGGCGGGGGAUAGAUCUUCGUCUAAACGUGCAUAUAGAACAAAAAGGAAGGAGGAUCAGCCUGCUUUAGCUUUAGCAGUGGAAAAGAUCAAAUCGUACACCGAGGAGUGGUGGAAGGUCUCCACCGUCUUCACUCGAUGGCUGUUCCAUUUGAUCUCCGAUGUGCUUAGCCUAAGUUUACAUUUAGGGAGAGAUUUUCUGGUAGUGUUGUGGUCGAACUUGUUGCUCGGUUGGAGCACAUUCUUUGCUUCUUGCGAGGAUCUUUUGAGGCAAUGGCGCGUCUCCGCCUGGUUGUGGGAGAAAAUCGAGGGCAAGUUUAAAAAGAGGAGCCGCAAACCGAAAAUUGAGGAGGAAGCGAAGAAUUUCUUGAACAACGGUCUGGACAUUAACAUUAGUAUGCCCGCCACCGGGGAGGAAGCUAUGAAAAGGUUGUUGGCGUGCAAAGGAAAAGACCCUUAUAGCAUCCUGGGGGUGACCCCCAAAUGUACCGACGACGAUAUUAAGAAGUACUACAAAAGACAAGCGUUCCUGGUGCAUCCGGAUAAAAAUAACCAACCGGGGGCAGAGGAGGCCUUCAAGAUACUCGUGCAUGCUUUCGAUAUGAUUGGUACAUCGGAGAGGCGCGCCACCUACGAUCGCGGGGUUGCCGAGUCCGCUUUCGUUGUCCAGAACUUCAGUCAGAUGGCGGAACUGUUGCAGCAAUUACAGCAAAAAAUGGAGAUGAACGCGAACACGAUUAGGUGCAGCGCGUGCGGAGAUCGGCACAAGAGGGUGAAGGUCGAUAGGCCCAGUUAUGCCGCGCGUAAUUGUAAAUCUUGUAAGAUUCAUCAUUCUGCAAGAGAAGGCGACAUCUGGGCGGAGGGGCGGUACCUGAACGUCCUGUGGCGGUACUACGCGUGCAUGGAGGGUCACGUGUACGACAUCAGCGAGUGGGCCGCGUGUCAAAAACAAACGCUGAAACAUCUGAAACCGGACUCGCACCACGUGCAGUACCGGAUCGCGUUGGGAAAACAGCAGCAGCAGCAACAAAAUGGCGGAGGCACCAGGAAAUCCGGUGCGAAGACGGAAGGGAGGCCCGACUUGGAGAAUUUGUUGAACUCUUUGUACGGGGCGGGUGGUACUGAGGGUGGGGCGGCGGCCAAAAGGCGCAACAAGAGCAGGAAGUGAUAGAGGGAGAGUUAAAAAAGGACCGCCGCAGUAUUUUUUUGUAAUAAAGUGAAUUAAAAAAUGUGCUUUUUUGUGCUUUAUAUGGUAGUUCUAAGGUACGUCUUGGCCUCUCAUUGUUUUUUCGAAUUAUUUUUAAUUUACUCGAUUAGUUUUUUUUUAAUAUAUAUAUAUAUAUUUUUUUUUUUGUGA